GUGGAGACAUAUUUGACUGUAUACAAAGAGGAGAUAUUGAACUGUGUAUACAGUUCGUUCAAAAUGACAGAUCACUUCUCAAACAAAAAGGACCACUUUAACGUUUAUCGUGCUCCAGUGUCUCCUGAUGUGAUUUUGUCACAAUGCCAAGGGGAAACCUUACCCUGCUGCAGCUCCUCUGUGAGAUGGUCUGGCACAGAUCUAGAAGGACAGUUCCUCUGACAACACAGCACAAAGUCACAUUGUGCCAAAGGGAACCCUGAACCCGAAUCCAGCGAUCAACAGGCUGACAGACCAGGCAUUUAUGUCAGGCUAUAUUGUUACAGUCACAGAGACUGCAGAUGGGAUUGUGAUGUGCAUGUGUUUGUCUUCAUCCAGGCUGGGGUGGUUUUACGCCGCUCCACUACGCUGCCCUCCAUGGCAACCGCUCCAUGGUUGACCUUUUCCUUAGUAAUGGAGCUGACCCUAAUGUGACAUGUGAUGCAGGACAGACAGCCUUUCAUUUUGCCUGCAGGCAAGGGAACAUCUUUAUCAUGUACCAAAUGAUGCGGUAUGGAGCUGAUUUGCGCCUCAUAGACCUGCAGCGAAAAACGUCACUGCAUCAUGCAGUCACAGGGGGCAGCAUUGUUACAGUGCACUAUUUGUGGGAGACAGGAAUGUUCCGUUUCUCAGACACAGACAUGCACCAGGUGACACCCCUUCACCUGGCAGCAUCCACAGGCAACACAGAGGUGGUCCGGUAUUUGCUCAGAGACCAGAGAUGUGCUGUGGAUGCAGUUGACCAGCAGGGAGCGACAGCGCUUCAUGUUGCAGCAGAGAGGGGUGCAGUGGAGGUGUGUUGGACACUGCUGCAGAGAACAGGGUGCGGGAUGCUCUAUCAGAAGAACCACAGCGGCCUCACACCACUGGACCUCUGCAAACAGGGGAAAACAUUUAGACAUCAGCAACUCACCAAGCUACUGAGUCGGUACAUUAAUGAGCCAAUACACCACAAGCCCAGAGAGUCUCAUGUUUUGUAUUACUGGACACUGUUUUUUCCAACCCUGAGUGGAGCUGCCAUCCUGCUGAUAGCAGCCAUGUUGGGAGGCUAUGGGGGGUUAAGCUGCAGUUUGCUCUUCCCCUGGCUGGCCAGAAACAUCUUCACACAGUACCACCGCAUGACCACAUACCAAAGGUUACCCAACCCAAUCUACUUGGGAACCCUCAUAGCUGGCUUGUUUCAUUCCCUGCUCUGCUUCUAUGGAAAGAUAAUGCCUAGUGUGUGGCCAAUCAGUGUUCUGGUCCAGGUGGCAAUGUUCCACUUCUCCCUAGUCAUCGGUUUGUUCUGUAAGGUUCUGACUCAGGACCCUGGGACAAUGGACAGAGCAGAUGCAGAUCCUCGGUUCUCCUGUAUCGCUGACCUGGUGGAGAACAACCAGAGCCCUCACCGGUUCUGUCCAUACUGUGAGUUGUUUCAGCCCGACUUCACUAAACACUGCAAGCUGUGUGACGUGUGCAUUAAAGACUAUGACCACCACUGCCUUUUCCUCAACCGCUGCGUCGGCCGGGGAAACCACCGCCUCUUCAUCUUCUUCAUCCUCUUCAUGGUUAUUGCCCACCUUCUUUUUGUUGCCACGGCAACAAGUUACCUGUAUGACAAGAUGCCUGCAGGCAAUCACAGCUUGUCAUUGUGGCUCACAUUGUUAGGGGAGGAGUUCUGGGUUGUGGUUAUGAUGGUUAUGAAUGCACUGACACUGCUUUGGGAGGCUUGGCUACUGACCGAGCAGUUCGAUGCUGUUGCCACGGGAACGACCACCUACUUCAGACAGUGUGAAAGCAAAGCACGGCAGAGGUCACUAGGACAGCGCUGGGUUAAAGUACUGUCGUUUCUGCUGGAGGGUCGAAGACGGGUGGGCAGCGGACAAAAAGAGGACAAGACUUCCAUAGACAUUUAAAACUGCCAGUUUGACUUGAAUCCAGCUGAAAUUGUUUCAUCGCUCACUUACUUCUCAGUUUACGGAGUCUUUGGUGUGCACUCAACCUUGUGAUAAUGUCCUCUUUAGAUUCUGCCAUAUAACAUGUUGUACUUGAAUGUAACAUGUGGUUAUCUCUCAAUAUUCUAUUUUAAUAUACAGUAGGCUAUAGAGUAGAUUUAUCAGCAGAUUUGUCCAUAAAGUGGCUAGCAGGAUAACUACCACUAAGAGUUUAGAUGUUCAACUAGUUUUUAGAAACGUCACAAAACCCUUUUAAGAUAACAGUGUUCUAAAUAAUGUAUUGGUUCACAUCGCUCUGUGUAAAGUACUGGAUAUUUCCAAAGCUGUGUUUUAGCAGGUAACGCCUCUGAAUGAAUGCUCACAUUUACACCGGUUUUAUAUCCCAAAUCAGCAUUUUUUUUUUAACACCAUUGUUAUUGUUGUUUAAAAUAAAGUGCGUCAUGGUGUAAAGCAUCA